AUGGGGAAGUACCCGGAACUUCAGGUUGAAAGCAUUUCAACUCGUAAUGGUGGUUACUAUCAAAGUAUUGCUCAAGCCGCCAAGAGGAUUAUAGCCGAAGAGGGCUUAACUGGACUUUGGAAGGGCCAUGUCCCAGGUCAAGUGCUCUCAGUACUCUUUACUAGCUCAGAGUUCUACUUUUUUCGAGUCAUCGCUGAUUGGCCGGCGCUUGUGAAUCUUAAUGACCGCCCUGUACUAAAAGAUACAAUCUCAGGCGGAAUGGCCGGCGCUGUAAGUACACUAUUUUGUCAGCCAAUCGAUGUUCUCCGCACCAGACUUGUGGGUCAAGGUCAAGUGAAGGUUUAUCGUGGAUUGGCUCAUGGGUUUCAGCGUAUUUUGCAGGAUGAAGGGGUGCUUGCGCUUUGGAAAGGUCUGGUGCCAUCCCUUCUGUUGAUUGCCCCUCAAAUCGCCAUUAGUUUUGCCACCUACGAGGGAAUCAAACGGGCCAUCACUCCAGAGGCCGGCACAGGUUCCGGUCUACUCUCUCUAUUGACUCCGUUCUCAGGUGCAUUUGCUGGGUGCCUUGCGAAGACCGUCGUUUAUCCCUUGGAUGUGGUGAAGAAGCGCUUUCAGGUGGUCGGCUUUGAGGAGGCGAGGUCGCAAUUCGGUCGAUUGCCAUCAACCGCAAUUGAAGGACAAGGAGUGUUGCAUCGGCGUGGGCUACUAACCCUUGCUUGUCUCCUCAAAAUUCUGCGUGAAGAGGGCCCGAUCGCCAUCUUCAAAGGGUGGACACCCGCCAUGCUCAAAGCCGGCGUCACCACUGGCCUAACAUUCAGUUUUUUUGAGUUGUACAAAUCCCUUUUUUCUCACCUGUAG